AUAUCCCUUCUAUCUUUUGGGUUCCUCUCCCAAGUAUACUUGUUUAAUAUUAACUUGUCAAAAUGACUGCAACGACACAAAAACGUGUGGUGGUCGUUGGCCUGGGCAUGGUGGGCAUUGCUUUCAUAGAAAAGCUGCUUAAAUAUGACGCCAAAUCAAAAGAAUACGCCAUCACAGUGGUUGGAGAAGAACCAUAUCUCGCCUACAACCGAGUAGGACUCACAACAUUCUUCGAGCACCGAAAAGUCGAAGAACUAUACAUGAACCCAGCAGAAUGGUACACAGAAGCUGGAAGCUCAUUAAACUGUCACAUCAACACAAAAGCCACACACAUCAACACCGAGGAUAAAAUCAUCGAAUGCGCAAACGGCGAGAGUUACCCCUACGACAUCCUCGUCCUCGCCACCGGUUCAGACGCUAUUCUUCCCCGUAUGCUCAAGGGCUGGGACGCAAAUGGUGUUUUCGUCUACCGCACAAUCGAAGACUUGAACAAGCUUAUCAAGUUCUCCAACGACAAGAAGGGCACCAAUGGAGCUGUCGUUGGUGGCGGUCUUCUCGGUCUUGAGGCCGCAAAGGCCAUGCUUGAUCUUGAGACCUUCAACAGAGUCGAUGUUAUUGAGAAGGCCCAGUGGGUUCUCACAAGACAGAUCGACGAGACUGGUGGCAAGAUGGUAGCGGAUCAGGUCUCGCAGCUUGGCGUGAACCUCAAUCUCGGCAAGGGCGUGUCGAGCAUGAAGACUGACGAGAACAACAACCUCACUGGAGUUAUCUUUGAUGAUGGCUCAGAGAUCAGCUGCUCAACACUGUGCUUUGCUGUUGGUGUCAAGCCAAGAGAUGACCUCGCCAGAAGCGCCAACCUCGAAGUUGGACAGCGCGGUGGUAUCGUCGUCAACGAUGACUUGAGAACGAGUAUGCCCGAUAUCUACGCCAUUGGAGAGUGCGCCAGCUGGCGUGGUAUGGCUUACGGUCUUAUCGCUCCUGGUGUAGCCAUGGCCGAAGUCGUCGCUUUCAACCUCACACAAGCCAAGCUCCACAGCCCUCAGACCUUCAAGACUCCCGACAUGAGCACAAAACUCAAGCUCCUCGGAGUCAACGUCGCUAGUUUCGGUGAUUGCUUCGCCGACCGCGAUGGUCCCGUGACGCUUCCUCCCAAGUACGCCAGGACACUCGUCAAUGGCGACGCUAAAGAGCCCAAAGCUGUACAAGCUCUUACAUACAAAGACCCUUUCUCGAAUGUGUAUAAGAAGUACAUCUUUACUAAGGAUGGAAAGUACCUUCUUGGUGGUAUGAUGAUUGGCGAUGUCUGUGACUACGUCAAGCUUCUACCAAUGGUCAAGGCGCAGAAGGAGCUUGAGAUUUCUCCCAGCGAGCUUAUUCUCGGUGCCAAAAAGGAUGGUGGCGAGGAUACUGAUGAUCUCGACGAUGAUGCUCAGGUGUGCUCGUGUCAUAACGUCACAAAGGGCGACAUCGUCAAGGUUGUCAAGGAUGGCACUUGCAAGGAUGUUGCCAGCAUCAAGAAGUGCACAAAGGCCGGCACCGGCUGUGGAGGUUGUGUUCCGCUCAUCACCACCAUCUUCAACAAGACAAUGGCAUCUAUGGGCCAGGAGGUCACCAACUACGUGUGCUCGCACUUCAACCACUCUCGCGCUGACCUGUUCAACAUCAUCAUGGUCAAGCGCCUCAAGAACAUGGGUGAAGUGAUGCGCGAGGCUGGAAACGACAAGGAGGCUCUUGGCUGUGAGCUGUGCAAGCCUGUGGUAGCAAGCAUCAUGGCUUCACUGUGGAACAGACACGUCAUGGACAAGACCACUCACGGUCUCCAGGAGACCAAUGAUCGCUUCUUGGGUAACAUCCAGCGAGACGGUACCUACUCUGUUGUCCCUCGUGUAUCCGGUGGUGAGAUUACUCCUGACAAGCUUGUGGUCAUUGGCGAGGUUGCCCAGAAGUACAACCUCUACACCAAGAUCACAGGUGGUCAGCGUAUCGACUUGUUUGGUGCCCAGAAGCAGGACCUUCUCGACAUCUGGGGCCAGCUUGUUGCUGGUGGUAUGGAGUCUGGCCAUGCUUAUGCCAAGUCUCUGCGAACCGUCAAGAGUUGCGUUGGUUCUACAUGGUGUCGAUUCGGUCUGAGUGACAGUGUUGGUAUGGCCGUUCGUCUGGAGGAGCGAUACAAGAGUAUUCGAGCUCCUCAUAAGAUCAAGGGUGGUGUGAGUGGUUGUGUGCGAGAGUGUGCUGAAGCUCAAGGCAAAGAUUUCGGUUUGAUUGCCACUGAGAAGGGCUGGAACAUCUUCGUUGGCGGUAACGGUGGUGCGAACCCUCGCCAUGCCGAGCUUCUAGCCAAGGAUGUGCCCCCAGCUGAUGUUGUGACAAUCCUUGACCGAUAUCUCAUGUUCUACAUGCGCACAGCCGACAAGCUUCAGCGAACAGCCCGCUGGAUCGAGAACCUCCCCGGCGGUAUCAAGUACCUUCAGGAGGUCAUCCUUGAGGACAAGCUCGGCAUCAACGCCUCACUCGAGGCGCAGAUGGAAGAGCUUGUUGACAGCUUCUUCGACGAGUGGGCCGAAGCUAUCAAGAGCCCUACCAUCGCUGCCAAGUUCAAGCAGUUCGCCAACACAAACGACACAACACGCAACAUGGAGCUUGAAGAUGACCGUGGUCAGAAGCGACCAGCUUUCUGGCCUGCGGACGCUGCAGCUACAGACAACUUCUCAGGUCUCAAGGACAAGUGGUCCAUGACUUCUUGGGAACCCAUCAUCGAAUCUUCAUACUUUGACGGUGCUGACGAGUUGCCAAACGGUAUCUCCGCCACUGUCAAGCGCGGUGACACGCAGCUCGCCAUCUGGCGCAUCAAGGGCGUCUACUACGCCACACAACAGAUGUGUCCUCACAAGCGUGCAUUUAUCCUCUCUGACGGUCUCAUCGGCCAAGAGCCCAACAAGGCUGUGACGAAUGGUGAUAAGGAUGGUGCUUCACCCUGGGUCUCAUGUCCUCACCACAAGCGCAACUUUGACCUUGGCAACGGUGCCUGCAAGACAGACGAGUCCCUCUCCAUCGCCACAUUCCCUACCGAGGCUCGAGCCGACGGUAUGUUGUACCUCAAGCUUCCCCCUGUGGAGGAGCUUGAUGCCGCCUUGGGCACAAAGAAGUGGAUGGUCAAGAAGGGCGAGGCCGGUGAGGCGCCUCUUGCUAAGCUUGACAGCAAGAUCAAGUUUGUUGGGUUGAGGGGAAAGAAGCCAUAUGUCAAGCCGACUGGUGGUGCGAAGAUGACCACUAAGCCACUUGACCUUAUGAUGGCAGCGAAUGGUUGUGGCGGCGGUGCGCCGGAAUGGUAGAGAAAAGAAACAUAGAGGAUAGACGUGCUUAAGAUAUCAUGGUUCGGCGUUGGGGAUAUACCGGAAUGGUUUGGGUCAUUAUGAGUUAUGUUAUGUAGAGCAUAUAUAAAUACCUCUUUUUAUGUUA